AUGGUCCAUAUCGAACAGAAAUACCAAGUCCCGCGCGACUUCGAGGGCUACGGCGAGGAAGGUUUCGACGCGAAAUGGCCAAACGGCGCGCGUAUCGCAGUGUCAUUUGUGUUGAAUUAUGAAGAAGGAGGCGAACGCUGCAUCCUCGACGGCGACGACAUAUCCGAGCCCUAUCUCUGGGAAAAGGGCGCCUCGGGCGGCCACCGUUCAAACGCACGAUAUAUCAACGCGGAGCACGACUUUGAGUACGGGAGCCGUGUUGCCUCGUGGCGACUUGUCCGUCUAUUUAAGGAAUUCGGGUGGAAUUUCACGACGUAUGCCGUGGCCGUGGCGUUGAAGAAGAAUCCUACCUUUGCGAAAGCGCUUGUUCGUGAUGGGCAUGAGAUUGCGAGUCAUGGGUUGCGCUGGAGGGAUACGUGGGAUUAUACCCUCGAGGAAGAUAAAGAGUAUAUCAAGCAGAGUUUGUUGCUGUUGAAGGAGGUUAGUGGGGAGAUGCCGGUGGGCGCGUACUUUGGGCGAGGGACGCCGCAGACGCAUCAUCUUUUCCCGGAGGUGUGGAGGGAGUUGGGUGCUGAGUUUCUUUGGAGCUCGGAGUGUUAUAAUGAUGAUGUGCCGUAUUGGUUGGAUUUGCCGUGGGAGGAGAGUCUGCCGGAGGAGAAGAGGGAGGGGAUGCUUUUGAUUCCGUAUAAUUACGACUGCAACGACGGCAAAUUCCACAUGUCGCCUGGCUUUGGAUCCAGCGUGGGCGAGACUUACGAGAACUAUCUCAAGAAUACGUUCGACAUGCUCUACCGCGAGGGCGGCAAGAUGAUGAACAUCCCACUGCAUACGCGUAUUAUAGGAAAGCCUGGACGAUGCGAGGCCCUGCGCAAGUUCAUGAAAUACGUUGCGGAUAAACCAGAUGUCUGGGUAACGACCAGGAGGGAUAUCGCAGAGCAUUUCCGGUCUACGUUCCCUUACCAGGCGGAUAGGAAGUGGGUAGAGGAGGGGAGGAAGUGA